AUGAUCGCCGGACCACCGUGUUCCAGCUUUGUCUUUCUCAACUCACAUACUAGUGGUCGCCGUAAGAACCGGCCACUGGGGUUUGCAUCCAUUCGUCCUUAUGUGAGAAACGCAAAUCGGAUCACAACACGCCUUGUGAUUCUUUGGAUGCUAGCUACUGUGAGAUGCUGCUGGACCCUGACUGAGCAGCCACUUUCAAGUUGCAUGGGUUUUUUCCCAUAUAUCGUCUUCUUCCAGCGAGUGAUCAGCAACCUCAUCCCUUGGAACCGUGUGACGUUCAACAUGGGGACAUAUGGCUCCCCUACGUUGAAGCCAACUCAGAUUUUUGGAACUAUGUCUUGCAUGGACAAGAUGAAACGUCGGACCUCAAAAAAAUUGAGGAAGCGAUUGGCUAGGAAGCAGAAGAAGUCAAAAAAACCCAUGGUGAAACACAGCGUGAACAAACGAACUGGCAAAGUUCAAGUGUCUGGAUCGACAGGCUUACGCAAGUCUCAAGUUUAUCCUAUUGGAUAUGGACGGAAGAUCGCUUCCUUGCACCAGCGCGACCUUGCCAAGAAUCCUGGUCUUCUCCGGAUUUUGCUCUACAACAAUGCCGACCUCAUGGACGCCGCCCAAGCAGGAACCACGGCUUACAAGGCACCUUAUGGAUGGAGGCAUGCCGCCUUGGAUGAUCUACAACAGUUUUUGGAAAAUGAAGCAAAGGCUGGUCGGUUCGAACCUAUGUUUACUGGUGGCCUAAAUUUGUAA